AAAAUACUUUGUGGGACAAAAUAGUUUUUCAUAAAAUUCAGGCAAUUUUAGGUGGAAAUGUAAAUGUCAUUCUCACAGGUGCUGCUCCUAUUGAUGAUUUUUGAAGGUUAUGGUCAGACUGAGUCUACAGCACUUGUUUCUCUGACAAAUAAACUUGAUCUUUCCCCAGGUCACGUUGGAUCACCUAGUGCCUGUAACUAUGUGAAACUUGUUGAUGUACCAGAAAUGAACUAUUUUAUUUCAAACAAUCAAGGCGAAAUAUGUGUCUAUGGUCCAAAUGUCUUCAAGGGAUAUCUUAAUCCUGACAAAACAUCUGAAAUGUUAGAUGAUGAUGGCUGGUUGCAUACAGGUGAUGUAGGAGAAUGGAAACAGAAUGGAACGCUUAAAAUAAUUGGUCGAAAAAAAUGUAUUUUCAAGUUGUCGCAGGGCGAAUAUAUUUCUCCUGAUAAAAUUGAAAAUGUUUACAUCAAAUGUCCUUUCGUCGCUCAAGCUUUUGUACACGGUUCUAGUCUUAAGUCAUUUCUUGUUGGAAUCAUUGUUCCUGAUGAAGAAAUUCUUACAAAAUGGGCCAAAGACAAUAACAUAAACAAAUGUUUUGAGGAAUUAUGUCAGGAUACGGCCGUCAAUAACAUGAUUCUGAAUGACAUUAUCUCCAGAGGAAAGGAAGCAAAGUUGGCGUCGUUUGAACAGGUCAAAGGAAUUCAUCUUCAUUCGCAACUAUUCACUCCAGAUAAUGGAUUACUAACUCCAACACUUAAGUCCAAACGAUUUACGUUAGCGAAUAGAUUUAAUGAUGAAAUUGAUCGUUUGUAUGAAAAAUUGGAGACGAUUCCAGCUAAGCCGAAACUUUAAGGCUCAUGGCUGUUUUAGUUCGUUUAUAGUUUAGUUUGAUCGCUUAAUUCUUCAGGGUAAAAAUACAUUGGAGACAAGGGUUUAAAAACUUGUUGCUCUUAAAAUAGAAUUUUAAACGUCAAAUUAUAUAAAAUACAAAUAAUAUAACGAAUAAAGAGCGACUGCAGAGCAUAUUCUUUAA